GCCUCUGCUUAAACAUGGCUGUGGUGUUUAAUUCUAAUGGUCCUCAAGUCAGCGUUGAAGUUGGUGAAUAUGAGCAAUUUCCAAAAAAUGGACAAGCGGACACAACAGAAAAGACUCUGCCAAAAUCAAGACAUAUCUAUGUGGUUCUGGUGGGCUUUGGGCUGCUGUGUGUUCUUCAAGCAGUUCUCAACAUCACACUGAGACUGAGUCACAGUACAACGGAAGAGAGCUGUCCACAGGGCUGGCUACAGUUUAGCGGCAGUUGUUACUAUAUUUCCUCGCAGAGGAGGUCUUGGGACAACAGCCGUCAGGACUGUCUGCAAAGAGAUGCUGACCUGGUUAUCAUUGACAGCAGACAGGAACAGGCUUUCCUCACUGGGUUCACCAAGGCAACAUGGAUUGGAAUGUCUGACAGAGACCACGAGGGAAUUUGGAUCUGGGUGAAUGGAACACCGGUUAAGAAAAACAGGUUAGGAUGGGCCCCUGGACAGCCUGAUGGGGCAUUUGGAGGAGAAGACUGUGGUGAUCUACGUACAAUGAUGAAUUUCAUUGGUUUGAAUGACUCUAACUGUAGUGUCAGAUCCCAAUGGAUCUGUGAAAAAAUACUGUGAUAGAGAUACUUUCCUCAGUUCAUUUUAUCCAUUAUCUUUGCUCUCAUUCCGAUAUCCUAAUGUAAGGUAAUAAAUACAACUUCAGACCUGCUGUUACACUAGGCUGGUUAAUUACUCAACAAUGUCCAUAUAGAUAUCCGUGCUGUGAUGAAACUACGAACGUCUCGGCACUGACUACAAAAUGCUUGGACACUUGUCCCUCUAUAUGUUCCAGGGGUGGGGUGGCAAUUUGGAAAUUCGAGAAAACUCCCGAAUGGCCAGUGCAUAACAAGCUGACCUGGCCCAGCAUCUAUGUUUUUAUUUUUAUUUUUUAUUCUUAUUUUUUUUUUUUUUAUAGGCCCUUAUUCGUAUACAAUUUCCAAUACACACACCCAUCCUUUAACAAAACAGACAACUAUUCAACAAAUACAGGACGGCCUACACUAGCCUGUAUAAUGUCAACAAAGCCAUGCACAACAGGCGCACGUUUAUGAUUUGUGUCUUUGUCAGACCGUUGCUGUUAUGCGACCACCAAUUUAAGCAGCAGAUUUACAAGCCCUGAGCGCGCUGCAUCCACAGCCAUAGAUAGAGUAUGGGAAAAUCAGCAACAGGCGCCAUAGGCUGUGUGCACACAAGUGUGCAACUAAUGCCCUUGCCAGCGCCUUGGAACGGUCGGAUUUUUAAUACAUUGACCGACACUCAGUGUUGGCAUCCAAUGCUAAUCAAAGACAAUUAAAAACAAUUUCAAAGUUCAUAAAAAUGUCUAAGAAUUGCUUCUUUCCUAUCCCCAUUAUCUAGCUCCAUCUGCACCAAACUUCUCAGAAUUGUUCAUAUAAAUUGGAAAUAUCUAUCCUCAUGUAUAAAUUCAAGAAUAAUGUAUUAAUUUUACAUGUCAAACCGC